AUGUCAUCAAAGCGGAAGUCUCCGCCGACGAAGUUGCAAGAAGGUAACGCAUUAUCGCCAGGUCAGUUGUCAUCAUCGAACGCGGAAGAAAACGCAGACGGAACGUCGGGAACGCCUUUAAAAAUGGCCGCCACGUGUAUCGCGACAUCGGGAGUCGAUCCCAACAGUGAGGGGGGUGUGAUGUUUUCGGACGUUGAUGAAAACAGCAGCGAGGGAAACGAAGACGUUGAUAAUUACGUAGGUAACUCGGACGCGAAUAGGCACAGACAAAUAAGUUUAAAAAUAAAAGACAAUUCGAACGGUAAGGACGCGAGAGAAAAUUAUGGGAAAAAUACAGAGAAUUACAACAACAAUUCGGAAGAAAACAACAGAUCUUGUUCGGUAUCGUCGAGAUCAAUGUCGGGCAGUGAUUCCGAUGACAAUUCGACGAUAUCUCCGAGAAGGAGGAGAAAAAGGAGAGCGUCGUCGAAAUCCCCGCCGACGGAGAAUCACUCGCCGCCAAUCCUCGUACCUCCUCAACAAUCCUCGGCUGUUGCUCUAUGGAAUUUACAACAGCAAUACGAAAGGUUCUAUCAAACGGCAAAUCACGUUCUCGAUGGUGGUAACGCCGAAAGCCAAAGAAGAAGAUCUUCCUCGGAGUGUAACUCUCCCGUAUCCAACAGUGAAAAACAUAACAAUAACAACAAUAAUACAAUUAGUAACAACAACAAUAAUAAUAAUAAUAAUAAUAACAACAACAAUAACAAUAACAAUAGUAGUAGUAAUAAUAACAAUAGUGGACAUUUGAAGCGGACAAUGGAUGAUGUAUUAAAGCGAUUAACUUCUAAAAUGAAUAAUAGUUCAGUGAGAGAAGAUAAAAGACCGACCCCAACAUCAACACCAAACAGUAAAAACAGGUGA